AUGGUCAACCACGAGGCUCUCAAGACACUCGCUUUUGUGUUUUUCUACUUCUUCAUGCUCUUCGUGUUGCUCGACACUGGAAUCUUUUAUGAGAACGACGUAAAAUUCCAAGAGACGCACUUCUGGAUGCAAGGUCCAGAUACUUGGAGAAGCACAAUCAAGACAGUUUAUUUGUUGCUGAAUAAGAAAAAGCUAAUUACCAAAGGGUACUGUAUACCUUCAAUAUUAAUUAACUUUAUCUCAUUGCCGACUGAUCCUCCAUCUCCUGCAUCUGACCGUCUUCUUUUCAUCUAA